CCCCUCAAGAAUAUCAAACUCACAAAGCAAAAACAAAAGCCAACCCACCCUUUUGACCUCUCUCAUCUCCCUCCCUCUCCCUCUCUUAGCUUUGAAGUAGUAAAACUAUGGAAUCUCCAUUGGAGAAGAUGGAGAUGGAGAGGAGGAAGAAGAAGGUGAGCUUUGGCACGAUACUUAGGUAUGCUGAUUGGGCAGAUGUGGUGUUGAUGGUGAUGGGGACGGUUGGGGCAAUUGGAGAUGGGAUGUCUACAAACAUCUUGCUUGUGUUCGCCAGCCGCCUUAUGAACAGCCUGGGAUAUGGUCAGAACCAAGCAGAUCGAAGCAGCUUCAUGGCUGAAGUCGAAAAGUGCAGCUUAUCAUUUGUGUACUUGGGACUGGCAGUCAUGGUGGUGGCAUUCAUGGAGGGUUAUUGUUGGAGCAAAACAAGUGAGAGGCAAGUGCUGAAGAUUAGGUACAAGUACCUGGAGUCGAUUCUGAGGCAGGAAGUUGGCUUCUUUGACUCACAGGAAGCCACCACUUCUGAGGUCAUCAACAGCAUCUCCAAGGACACUUCCCUCUUUCAGGAAGUCCUCAGUGAAAAGGUACCAACAUUCCUGAUGCACAGCUCGGUGUUCAUCUCCGGCCUCGCCUUCGCCGCCUACUUCUCGUGGCGGCUGGCCGUCGUCGCCUUCCCGACGCUCCUCCUCCUCAUCAUCCCCGGUCUCAUCUACGGCAAGUACCUCAUCUUCCUCUCGCGAAAAUCCACCGCCGAGUACGCCGCGGCGAACGGCGUCGUCGCGCAGGCCCUGGGAUCCAUCAAGACCGUCUACUCCUUCACCGCCGAGAGGCGCAUCGCCGACGGCUACUCCGCCAUCCUCGAGCGGACCAUGAGGCUCGGGAUCCGGCAGGGGAUCGCGAAAGGGCUCGCCGUCGGCAGCAUGGGCUUGUCUUUCGCGAUAUGGGCGUUCAUCGCUUGGUACGGCAGCCGGCUGGUGAUGUAUAAAGGAGAGAGCGGCGGCCGGAUCUACGCCGCCGGCAUUUCCUUCAUCUUGAGCGGACUGUCUCUGGGAAUCGCGCUCCCCGAUCUGAAGUACUUCACCGAAGCUUCGGUCGCCGCCGGGAGAAUCUUCAGCCGGAUCGACCGAGUUCCGGAGAUCGACUCCGAAGGCACCAAAGGGCUCGUCCUCGACAAAAUCCGCGGCGAAAUUCAAUUCGACCGCGUCAGCUUCACUUACCCUUCGCGCCCCGACGCCGCAGUACUCACCGACUUCAACAUCCGCGUCGAUGCGGGAAGGACCGUCGCCCUCGUCGGUGCCAGCGGGAGCGGCAAAUCCACCGCGAUCGCCCUGCUCCAGCGGUUCUACGACGUCACCGGCGGGGCGGUGAAGGUAGACGGCGUCGACAUCAGGACGCAGAACUUGAAAUGGAUGAGAGGGCAGAUGGGUCUGGUCAGCCAGGAGCACGCCCUGUUCGGGACGUCGAUCAAGGAGAACAUCAUGUUCGGGAAGCUCGACGCUUCGAUGAACGAGGUGGUGGCCGCGGCCACGGCGGCGAAUGCUCACGGUUUCAUCAGGCAGCUUCCUGAGGGAUACGAAACCAAGGUUGGUGAGAGAGGGGCGCUUCUCUCAGGUGGGCAGAAGCAGAGAAUUGCAAUUGCGAGAGCUAUCAUAAAGAACCCGGUGAUUCUGUUGCUCGAUGAAGCGACGAGCGCCCUUGAUUCGGAGUCCGAAAAGGUGGUUCAAGAUGCUCUGGAUCAAGCCUGCAUGGGAAGAACGACACUGGUGGUGGCUCACAAGCUCUCUACGAUCAGGAACGCAGACCUCAUUGCAGUGGUUAGCAACGGUUCUGUAAUCGAAACAGGCUCACAUAAUGACCUCAUCAACACAACAAAUGGCCACUAUGCAAAACUCGCCAAAAUGCAGAGGCAAUUCAGCUGCGAUGAACAGAACCCCGAUACUCGUGUUUCUUCAGUCACAAGAAGCAGCGCUGGUCGGCUUAGCACAGGGAAAUCAAGUCCAGCAUUCUUUGCUUCGCCGUUACCAGCAAUCGACAGUCCGAAACCUGUGUUGUCUCACCCACCACCUUCAUUCUCUCGGCUACUCUGUUUGAAUUUGCCAGAAUGGAAGCAAGCCCUGAUGGGAAGCCUCUCGGCGGUAGCCUUUGGAGGCGUUCAGCCUUUCUACGCCUUGACAGUUGGUGGAAUGAUUUCGGCUUUCUUUGCACCAAGCCAUGAGGAAGUGAAUGCUAGAAUUCGAACGUACUCCUUGAUAUUUUGUUCACUUUCUCUAGUUUCCAUCAUCCUGAACCUUGUGCAGCACUACAAUUUUGCGUAUAUGGGAGAGAGGCUUACAAAGAGAAUCCGGCUGAGGAUGUUAGAAAAGAUCCUGACUUUUGAGGCUGCUUGGUUCGAUGAAGAGCAGAACUCAAGUGGAGCAUUAUGUUCUCGACUAAGCAACGAGGCCUCCAUUGUUAAAUCCCUAGUUGCAGAUAGAGUCUCUCUCCUAGUACAAACCACUUCAGCUGUCACCAUUGCCAUGAUCAUGGGACUAGUGGUGGCUUGGAAGCUUGCACUCGUGAUGAUUGCGGUCCAGCCACUCACAAUUCUAUGUUUCUACACCCGCAAAGUUCUUCUCUCCACCAUCUCGACAAAGUUCGUCAAGGCUCAGAAUCAAAGCACCCAAAUUGCUGUGGAAGCAGUUUAUAAUCACAGAAUUGUUACCUCAUUUGGAAGUGUGGGGAAGGUGCUCGAACUUUUUGAUCAAGCUCAGGAGGAGCCGAGGAGGGAGGCAAGGAAGAAAUCAUGGAUGGCUGGAUUCGGAAUGGGUUCAGCUCAGUGUCUAACUUUCAUGUCCUGGGCUCUUGACUUCUGGUAUGGAGGGACGCUGGUGGAGAAGGGAGAGAUAUCAGCAGGAGCUGUGUUCAAAACGUUCUUCAUCCUUGUAAGUACUGGAAAAGUCAUAGCCGAAGCUGGAAGCAUGACCUCUGAUCUAGCCAAGGGUUCAGCAGCUGUCGCUUCAGUGUUCAAGAUACUGGAUAGGCAAUCCUUGAUUCGCAAUGAGAGCGACGGAACCAAGCUGGAAAAGAUCACGGGAAAAAUAGAGAUGAAGAGGGUUGAUUUUGCAUAUCCAGGAAGGCCAGAGAUAUUGGUGCUUAACCAAUUCAGCCUGGAAGUAAAGCCUAGCACUAGCAUUGGUCUAGUAGGGAAGAGUGGAUGUGGGAAAUCGACUGUGAUUGGAUUGAUCCAAAGGUUCUAUGAUGUCGAGAAAGGGUCAGUAAAGGUCGAUGGAGUUGACAUUAGAGUCCUGGACAUCCAAUGGUACAGGAGGCACACCGCCCUUGUGAGCCAAGAACCAGUGAUCUACUCGGGCAGUAUUCGAGAUAACAUAGUGUUUGGUAAGCCUGAUGCAUCCGAGAAUGAGGUGGUGGAGGCUGCAAGAGCUGCCAAUGCUCACGAAUUCAUCUCGUCGUUGAAAGAAGGCUACGAGACCGAAUGUGGCGAGCGAGGGGUGCAGCUAUCUGGAGGUCAAAAGCAGAGAAUAGCAAUUGCAAGGGCCAUAAUUCGCAACCCCACAAUCCUACUUCUCGACGAGGCAACGAGCGCUCUUGAUGUGCAAUCGGAGCAAGUGGUGCAAGAAGCACUGGACAGGAUCAUGGUGGGAAGAACAACAAUUGUGGUGGCUCAUAGGCUGAACACGAUCAAGAACCUGGAUUCGAUUGCCUUUGUUGCUGAUGGGAAAGUGGUGGAGCGCGGAACCUAUGCUCAGUUAAAGAACAAGAAAGGUGCUUUCUUUAACCUCGCCAGCCUCCAAAACUAGGUCUAGUAGACAUUUAUUUGGAUAUUUAGGUGUGCGUAUGUGUGUUCAUAGGAAACGGCUGAUAACAAUGAAUCAACGUGAGAG